AUGCGAGGCAAAGUAAAAGCUAUUUACCACUGUGACGUUCGAAACAAUCACCCCCUUAACUACGUCACCACGGCCCCUUUCGAUGCCAUAACCAGCAGCUUUUGCUUGGAAGUUGCGUGCACGAAUGAAAAAGAAUAUCUACAAGCUCUGAAAAACGUGGUAUCGAUGCUGAAAGAGGGAGGGCACUUCAUUCAGGUGGCCAGUGUGGAGGAAUCAUUUUACCGGGUUGGAGAUGUGAACUGGGCUGCGCUGUCGCUGCAAGAGAAUAGAUUCAGAGAAGCGCUGACGGAGGCCGGACUGGAGUUGGAGUCGUGGCACAGGAUCAGGCGCCCAGACAAUGUGCUGGAGCGCGAGUCCGACUACAGCGGCUGCAUCAUUGCCGUGGCGACGAAGAAGACCGGGUUAUGA